CGCCGGGACAGCGCCGCCCCUCCCAGGCUGCCCCGCGCGGGCCGGGCGGGCGGUGGCGGAAGAUGGCGGCGGGCGGCGGGCGGCGCUGAGGCCCCGAGCGCGUGGGGAUGGAGCCGGGCGCGGCGCCGGGCCCCGAGCGGCUCUUCGACUCGCACCGGUUUCCGACCGACGGGUUCCUGCUCCUGGCGCUGCUGCUCUACGCGCCCGUGGGGCUCUGCCUGCUCGUCCUCCGCCUCUUCAUCGGCGUGCACGUCUUCCUGGUCAGCUGCAUCUUGCCCGACAGCGUCGUGCGGCGGUUUAUUGUGCGUGUUAUGUGCUCAGUGCUGGGAUUGUUUGUGCAGCAGAGCGAUCCCCGGCUUCGUGACGCCAAUGUGCAGGUGUACAUUGCCAACCACGUGACGCAAUUCGAUCACAACGUCAUCAACCUCCUGACCUCAUGUAACACGCCUGCGUUGAACGGUGCUCCUGGCUUCAUCUGCUGGUCACGGGGAUUCAUGGAGCUGGGAGUGACAGGCAGCCGGGCAGAGCUGGUGGAUUCCCUGAAGGCGUAUUCAUCACACAGAGAGAACCCGCCGCUGCUGCUCUUCCCGGAGGAGGCUGCCACCAACGGCCGGGCCGGCUUGCUCCGCUUCAGCUCUUGGCCGUUCUCAAUCUUGGACGUGGUGCAGCCAGUUGCCCUACAGGUUCAGAGGCCUUUGAUCACCGUGAGUGUGGCUGACUCCUCCUGGAUUACAGAGCUGCUCUGGACCUUCUUUGUUCCCUUCACAGUUUAUCAAGUAAGGUGGAUGCCGUCUGUCCCCAGACGAGCUGAAGAACUGAGUGAGGAUUUUGCGCUCCGAGUUCAGGAGCUCUUGGCCAUGGAGCUGGGUGUGGUAUCCACACGGCUCACUGCAGCAGAUAAAGCUGAGCACAUGAAGAGGCUGAGACACACGUCGCUUCUCCGCUUUGCCCCAGCCUCGAGCCAGCCUCUGGCAGCCAGGCCCAGGAUGCCUUCCAGCCUGCCCGGCGUUGGGUCCUUUGCUCCUGAGGAUGUGCGGAUCACAGCAAUGGCUCAGCGGGUCAAGGAGGUGCUGCCUCAUGUGCCUCUGGAGGUCAUCAGGACAGACCUGGCCCAAACAAACUGUGUGGACACCACCAUUGCCAACCUGCUGGAGGGGAGAGUGCCCUUCUUCCCUGAAAGUGAGGCUGGUGCUGACCUGCCUGCUCCAUCUACCUCCCAGGCUGCAGCUGCUUCUGGCAUCCAGGGCUCCGUAGCUGUGCCUUCUUCCAAGCCAGCUACAAAGCAAUUUGCUAAGUCCCCGGUGGAGCGGCACCUGUCCUUGCAGGAGCGGAAACGAGCACUGUACGACUAUGCCAGGAGGAGGUUCGCCGAGAAGCACGGCGCGGCGCGGGUCGGCGGCAGCCCCUGAGCGGAGCGGACGGGACCGGACCGGGACCGGCGGCGGCGUGGGGCUGGGGGGCGCGGCCCGGCCCGGGGGUGGCCGAGCGGCGGCGGCAAUAAAACGGCGGUGGAAGCAAA